AAAAGCAAAAGUUGCAAAAGGAAACCAACAACUUCUACUUAAAACCCUUCCCUCAACUUGCAAAACGCAAAACACACACACGCACUCUCGCUUUGUGCUCUUAUCAAGAUGGAGGAUGAAUGUAGUCCUUUUAAUUGGGAUUGUUACUACCAAGAAGAGGCGCAAGGAAUCCAAGAGUUGAAACACACUUUGUUGUACACGUUGGAAUUGGAAACAACAAUUGCAUGUGCUCAUGAAGAGAUUGCAAGAAAAGGAGAUGAAGUUUUGCAUUUCAAAUGUCUUUUGUCAAAGACUAUCAAAGAAAGAGACGAAGCCGAAUUGAAGUGUCAAGGCUUAGUGUUGGAGAACCUAAUACUCCAACAAAAGAUUCAAGAAUUUGAAGCUAAUGCUACGACUUCUUUGGUUAAAACCACUCCUACAAGUUACCAAGAAGACGAUCAUAAUUUAGGUGUGGAUUCAUCUUCGGGUUCUGAUGAGAACUUUGUUGGAACUCAAGGAAUGGAAAGGAUUUCAUUGCCACCGCAACAAACACCACCAGAAAUCAUGGAUAAUGUAGUAUUGAAAAAAGGGUUGCCGGAGAAUGGCAAGUUUUUGCAGGCAGUAGUGGAAGCGGGCCCGUUACUCCAAACCCUGCUUCUUGCCGGCCCACUUCCACAGUGGCAACACCCACCACCGCAACUCAACUCAAUAGAGAUCCCACCCGUGACUAUCCCAUCAACUUCCACCACCACACCUCGGAUGCUCCUCCACCAAGACUCGUGUGUUAGCACAAUCAUUGGUGGCGGCAACAACAACAAUGGUGGUGGAUGUAUGAUCAUGACUAGGAAAAGGGGUUUUGAGCAAAGUUGUGAAGCACAUGACUAUGAUUAUGAUUCUACUCCCACAACCAACACCAAGAACCAAAAGGUUGUUCACCAAUCACAACCAUUGACCAACAUUUAGUGACUAGUAUUUUGAUUUUCCCUCCAACCAUAAUCUAGCUACAAAUUAAUAUGUCAAUUUCCAUCCUUUUCUUUAGGUUUGGAAAAAGUUUAUUAGGAUGAAAGGGAUGGCCAGGAUGGACCCUUUGCUUUUUACCCUUUAGAAUUGGUGUACAUUAAUUACUUUUUUCUUAGAACUUAAGUAUCCUAACCAUAAUUAGCAAAAAAAAAAAAAAAAAAGAGAGGGCACAAUCAAACCCUUUGAGCCUCUAUGUUUGAUUGAGGGCUUUCCUUUUCCACUAUUCCAUGUUCUUUCGGUUAGGCUGAAAUUGAUAUUUUUGGUAAUGUAAUAUGAACUCAGAAUUUAAGUCAUCUCAAACGACAGGAGACUGACUUAUUUA